ACCUAAGCCUCAGGCUCACACCAAUAGAACCGACUCCCAGCCACAAGGUUCGAGCCUCAGGCUGGGGCCGGAGCUGAGACAGGAACUCAUUCAGUCGGGAUCAUUGCCGGGAAAGAGUGUUAGGGUUUCGCAAGCCCCUGUUUGGUGCUUGUGCCCCUGGUUGUGGCGAUGCUGCUAUUGUAGGAGUGAUACGCAAGCUCAAUUUGUGUGUCGAAGUACAAGCGGAUGACGCUGCAGUGCUAUGGCAUGUUGGGUUUUUUCUGGGGUUGCUGUAUCUUGCGUCAUCUGUGAGGGCGGGAGCGGUCACAAUGGAGGGCACUCUGAAUAUUGCGCAGAGGACGAAUAAGGUGGAUGUGGACAAUCGACUGCCAUUAAAGUAUUAUUACCGGACGGCAGAAAAUCUUCUGAAGCAGGCUCGGAUUUUUCGAGAUGCGGGGAAUACUAUCGAUUACUACAUUCUCCUGCUUCGAUUUUCCAGGUGAAUUGCGUGUUUGUCCAGUUUAGAAGUGAUUUGAAAUUUGAGGAUUGGAAAUGUAUUACUUUUAUAUUUAUUUUGGUGUGAAGGUAUUUAUGAUUUUGAAUUUGCGGGUCAAGCUUUGCAGUUGGUUUCAUGAGGAAUUAGCCGUGAUCUCUGCAAUUUCUAACAUACAUGGUCAUAUUUGAAGUAUUAACGCUGUAUCCUGCAUUUAAUUUGAGGUUAUUAUUUUAUGUCCACAUGCAUUGCAUUACUUACGUGCAAUAUAUAACUUUCACGAUCUGUUAGCCUAAACUACAGAUCUAUUCAUAGCAUGAAAGAGGUGCACGGACCAAGUAUAUUAUCUUUGUAGAACUUUCGAAAGAACACUUCCGUGUAAUUCAGAUUAUCCUUCCCCAGGUCGGGGUGACUUAUGAGAAGAUUGUGAAUCCAUUUCAAGCAUCAGUUUCAAAUGACGAGCCCUGUUGGGUUACCUGGUGAACAAGAGAUGAAAUGGAAGUUAAGAGCAGCAAUCACCUUUGACCCUGGGACCUUGACAAAAAAUCUCGCAACCUUCACUGCCGUCGCCUUCUCUGCCACAGUCCUUUACGUCGUGUUCAGCAAGAUUAAGAGACCUCAAUAUCAUCACAUGGAAAGUCAAGUAUCACUUUCCGUCGACGAGGAUACAUCUGAUGAAGAUCACACCUCUCAAUGUGAGGUUCUAAGUCCAACCUCCGUUGUUGGCUGUAGAAAUGAAAGCUUGGAACCUGACAACGCGAUGAGCCCUGGAUUUCUGAUUGAGGAUAUUGAACCUUCUCGCAGUCUCGACUCUUCUGUUCGCGUGAACACGUUUACUGAGGGACUCGAGAGUGAAAACCUAACCAUGAGUGGAAUUUCUGAUUUAGAGAUCCAAUCUUCAACGGCUACUACGGCGUCUGGUUCCGGUGCAGCUGAUGUUGAUAGAUCAGCUGGCAGACUGUACAGCAAUACAGCAGAGAAGAAAAAAUUGACUUCCAACAUGACACCCUUAAAAAAUUGUUCCUCUGACUUCAACAUGGUGUCGGAGGCUAUCAUUGACAGGUACAUGGUGAGAAGUGGAGACUGGGGAUCACAAAUUCAGCCAUCAGCUAGUGCAGAAUCUGGUCCCGGUUCAUCUGACGAUAUCAACGAGGCAGCUGCCAAGUUGGCCGAUUUAAGCGUGUGUGAGAUUCCUCUAAUUUAACGUCCAUCUCAUGCGAGUGGGGCACCGGUUCGUAUUUCAAAAUCUAAUGUUGUGUCUACAGGAUUGUCGACUUCUGAUCAGCUGUUUUGUUUUUUGUGAGAAAUGCUGUGAAGCUCACAAUGAACCUGGUUUGACAAUAGAGAAUGCUCACCUCCGUAAUGAAUUUAUUUCCACGAGAACCCAGGUAGAUCUUUGUAGACGCCCUGAAGGUAAGUCACCUGAAAGAAGCCGGAAAUUAUUGGAUGGAUGUGAUGAAGAUGGUGCAGAGGAUAUUAAGUUUUAAACUGUCCCAAAAUGUUAUGUCUCCUAUUUUUCUCAGGGACAUUCAAAAGCAAUUGGUAAGAUGAAUGAGAAAUCUUCAUAUGCCAGGUCCUGAAACCGAUUGCCAAUUCAAAUAGUCAGGGUAUGUCUUUGAAAGUGAUAGAAUGGCACAGGAACAUCUCCUACUUCUGUUACGUCCAAUGGAUUCUGAGUGAACUUGAAUUAGUCUACCACCUAGCUCAUCUUACAUUUUCAAACCAAGAAAGUGAAAAGUGGAGUAUCAACCUUGUGAUCGACAUGUUGCAAGUCAAGUCCUUGUUCUUAUGAUCUAUCAUUACCCACAGGGGAGCGUUGACAUUAUGAACAGAGGAGCCAAUUCGUCAACCCCACAGUGAGGGUAAGUCUCAAGAUUGCUAUGCAUUUGGGUAAUACCUGAAUGAUUGCGACACUAAAGGAAUUCACAAUUGUCAAACAAGAAUCUAGGUGCUAACGUUAUUAGCAUUGAAAUUGUUAGUCAUCAAAGAGAAAUUUGAAAGCUAUCAAAGCAUGAUUUGAAUUCAAGACGUAAUACUCAAAUUUUGUGAUAGGACCAGAUUAGCGAGACCUUUGCAGCAUCGAUGAAUACGAUAGUCUUUGAGAAAACACAAAAGUCAAGAAGACAAAAACAAGGUGGAAGAUGUUGCCAUAAUGUCCUUAGGAAACUAGAGAGAAUCCCAAAACAGUGUAAAGAUGGUCUACUUUUGAGACUGUGGAGAUGUUGCAUUUAUGAAUUUUUGAAUCAAUGAAGUGGCAUGCACUCUGCAGCUAUCUUUUGAUUCCACUCCGCCAUAAAUAUCAAGUGCCAAGCUUUGAAAUACAUUCUUGUCAAGAACCUGAUCUGCUACCUUCUAUAAUGAAGAGGAAAGAUGUAUUUGGAUGUAUUUUCUAAUAUUUAUAGCAGGUGUUGUCAUUUCUUCUCUACCAUUGAUGUUGGAGUAGUGUUUUGUGGACAAAGAUAAGAUAGAUAUUCCAUUUCUAAUAGUUAAAGCAUUUUAGAUUAUAUCCAAUAGGUGUCGAAAUAAAAAAAAUUAUCCUCAUAAAUAUAAAUUGGGAGGAUUCCAAAGUAUUUUCACAAAAUUUGGCCUAAAAAAAAUUUUAUAUAAAUGUUUUAGUUGAAGAUUUUUCUUAGAUCCAUUUUGGACAUAUAUGCCUAUUUAAUUCCAAUUGGUGGUUGAUUACAAAACCAAGAAUCUAAUUUUUAUAAAAUUGUGAUGUGUAGCACCUAUUAAUGCUAUUAAAUUUUAUCUAAUUUCAUGCUAUACACAGAUGUAAAUGUGUGGAUGAAGCUACAAAAAAUCAAAUAUCUUAUUGUAAGUAAUCUACCAUGUUUGAGUUGGAUUUUUGCUGCCAUUCUUCCUUAUUCCUACUCAAUUCAAAAUAGUAUCUAAUACAUCUUUUAUCUUUUGAUUUCAUUCCAACAACUUCUUUAAGAUCUUUUUUCAACAUGAAGUUGCAUAGGCUAUAGAUGAGAUAUUAAAAAUUUGUGAGAUUUGUAUUGAUAGAAGGUUCUUGUAAUUGUAAUAUGGAUUGUAUAGAGUUAACUUAGUAUUGAAACAAGCUCCAAAACAACAAAUAACAGUUGCUCAUAAAUUGCAAUUCUGGUGUCUACAUGUACUGAUUAAGCCUCAAAUUAUGUAAUUCCUUUAUACUCUAUGUUGGACUCUUGAUACAAACAAGUUCCAUAUAAGACCUUCUCACAACAUUGAACAAGAUUAAUGACACCUCUAUAGUACCAAAUUGGAUGGACCUCCCCUCUUUCCUCCAUCUCUCUUCUCUAGUGCCAACUUCGAUGAACAACACUCUUGUAAUACCAAAUCUAAUAAAAGACUCUUUUAUAAUA